UUAUCGCUUGUGUCAGUAAAUCUCCACAUUCUCAUUCAUUUCACUCCUCAAAACAAGCAAACCAAAUAUGGAAGCCCCUCCCAAGUGUUUUCUGCUGUUUCUGCUGCUGAAUUCACUCCUACAGUUCGCCCAAUGCUCCGUCACCUACGACAGGAAAGGCCUCAUCAUCAAUGGCCAAAGGAAACUCAUCUUCUCUGGCUCCAUUCAUUACCCAAGAAGCUCCCCCGAUAUGUGGGAAGAGCUGAUUCAGAAGGCUAAAGAUGGAGGCUUGGAUGCCAUAGACACUUAUGUGUUCUGGAACCUCCACGAACCUUCUCCCGGAAAUUACAAUUUUGAGGGAAGAAAUGAUUUAGUUAGGUUCGUGAAGUUGAUCCAGAAAGCAGGGCUCUACCUUCAUCUUCGCAUUGGGCCUUAUGUUUGUGCAGAAUGGAAUUUUGGAGGUUUCCCUGUUUGGUUGAAGUAUGUUCCUGGCAUUACUUUCAGAACCGACAACGAACCUUUCAAGAAUGCAAUGCAAAGAUUUACUGAGAAAAUUGUUGGAAUGAUGAAGGCUGAGAGGUUGUUUCAAUCUCAAGGUGGCCCAAUUAUUCUCUCACAGAUUGAAAACGAAUAUGGUUCAGAAACCAAGAAUUUUGGUGCUGCUGGCCAUUCUUACAUGUCUUGGGCUGCAAAGAUGGCUGUCAACUUAGACACCGGAGUGCCCUGGGUCAUGUGUAAGGAAGAUGACGCUCCAGACCCAGUGAUUAACUCGUGCAAUGGUUUUUACUGCGACUAUUUCUCCCCAAACAAACCGUACAAGCCAACUAUGUGGACCGAGGCUUGGACCGGCUGGUUUGAAGAAUUUGGUGGGCCAAUUCACCAUCGUCCGGUUGAAGAUUUGGCAUUUGCUGUAGCUAGAUUUAUACAGAAAGGAGGCUCCUUCAUCAACUACUACAUGUACCAUGGAGGAACAAACUUUGGAAGGACCGCUGGAGGUCCUUUCGUUACAACCAGCUAUGACUAUGAUGCUCCAAUCGAUGAAUACGGAUUGCCUAGACAGCCCAAAUACAACCAUUUAAAGGAGCUUCAUACUGCCAUAAAGCUAUGUGGGCAUACUUUGGUCGACACUGAUCCCACAGUUACUAAUUUGGGAAACUAUGAACAGGCGCACGUAUUUACUUCAAAGUCGGGCCACUGUGCAGCCUUUUUAUCGAAUUACCACUGGGAUGCAAGCGCAAGGGUGACAUUCAAUAAAAUGCACUAUGAUCUUCCUCCCUGGUCGAUCAGUAUACUCCCUGAUUGCAAGACUGUUGCUUUUAACACAGCAACUAUGAGAUCAAAAACAUCAUUGCCAAAAAUGUUGCCUACGAAUGUCCAGAUGGUCUUGUGGGAGACAUUCAAUGAGGAUAUAUCCUCCAGCGACAAUGAUGCCAGAAUUACAGUUGUUGGUCUUUUAGAGCAAUUGAAUGUCACUAGGGAUGCUAGUGACUAUCUAUGGUAUACGACCAGUGUCGAGAUCAAUCCAGCUGAAUCUUUUCUACACGGAGGGCAGGGUCCAGUUCUGUCAGUAGAUUCCGCGGGCCAUGCUUUGCAUGUUUUUGUAAACGGAAAAUUCUUAGGAUCCGCCUUUGGAACUCAAGAAAACAAGAAAUUCACUUUCUCAAAAUCCGUCAAUUUUCACGCGGGAGUAAACAGCAUUGAGCUGCUUAGUGUGAACAUGGGGUUGCCGAACAUAGGCCACCGUUUUGAAACAUGGAGCACCGGAGUCCUCGGACCUGUUUCCUUGCACGGGCUAGAACAUGGUACACAAGACUUGUCAUGGCAAAAAUGGUCAUACAAGGUUGGAAUGAAAGGAGAAGCCAUGGACUUAUAUUCACCAAGUAAAAUAUCUUCCGUUGAUUGGAUGAAAGCAUCGCUUGCAGUAGACACUCAACAGCCACUAACGUGGUACAAGGCUUACUUCAACUCACCAAAUGGGAACGAGCCGUUGGCUUUGGACAUGAGUAGCAUGGGAAAGGGGCAAGCGUGGAUCAAUGGGCAAAGCAUCGGUAGAUACUGGACAGCCAAUGCGAAGGGGCAAUGCAACGGGUGCAGCUACAAAGGAACGUAUCGACAGGGAAAAUGCCUAGAUGGAUGUGGGAAGCCUACACAAAGAUGGUACCAUGUUCCUCGGUCAUGGCUGAAGCCUAGCCAGAAUUUGUUGAUAGUCUUUGAGGAAAUUGGUGGUGAUGCUUCAAAGAUUUCCCUUGUUAAAAGAUCACUUGCUUAUGAAUAAUAGAGUAGAGAUGACUCAUUAACUAGUAGUAGUAUACUAUUAUUGUAAGCCCUAUGUUUGUAAUUGUAUACUCCAUUCUUUGUAAAUUAUGGGUAUACUUUAAAACACCAAUGUAUUUUGUAAGGAAGAGAGGAACGUUUGAUUUGAAAUCUUUAUACAAUACUCAUUCCACUUGUCA